AUGGACUACACGCAGCCAUUGAUGCCCAUGAUCACCCUCGACGCCGAGCCGGCCGACUUCGAGUAUGGCGCCUUCCUCGAGGAGACCGAGGACGUCGACGUCGACUACAUGGCCGAGGAGAGCUCGACGUCCAACACGUCGCGCACCGUCAUGGGGGACCGAGUCCCUGUGCUCGCGGCUCAUGGCUCCUCCUCCUCCUCGUCGCCCUCGACCGCUUUGACGGCCACGGCGCAGCCCGGCUCCGGCAAGAGCACCUCGAGCACGUCGCCGCCCAAGCAGAGGCUCGAGAGGAGAGGGCAUACCAAGUCGCGCCGCGGCUGCUUCAACUGCAAGCGGCGGCGGAUCAAGUGCCAAGAAAACAAGCCUGCGUGUGGCCACUGCGUCAAGUCGGGGCUGAAGUGCGAGUACCCUUCCGUGCCCCAGGUAACAUACCAGCCACAACAUCAAAUACCAUUGUUCAGUCUCCAAGAUAUGCGAUUCUUCCAGCACUUCCUUCUGCGGUGCUAUCCACACCACCCCCUGGGCAACGAGAGCAUCUGGACUCACGAGAUACCGUGCCUAUCACAAGAGUAUGAAUACCUCAUGCACGCGGUCCUGGGCCUCGCCGCCUCGGACCUGAUGCAGUACGACCCGUCCUUGGUCGAGGCCGCCAUGCAGCACCGGCUCAAGGCCAUCCGCGCCAUCAAGAAGACGCUCGCGGGCGUGCCCAAGGCCAGCACCUUCGAGGAGGGCAACGCCAUGAUGGCCACCUGCUUCGCCCUGACCUUCCAGUCCGUCCUGCUCGACGACGGCAUGUGCGAGUACAUGACCUUCAUCCGCGGCGUCAUCAUCGUCGCCAUCCAGAUGUACGUCAAGGGCUGCCGCUUCCUCUUUGUCAACCUCAUGGGCGACGACCAGCUGAGCAAGCUGAAGCCGUUCCUGGAGGAGGUGGCCCCCAUGGAGAGGAGCUGGGGCGAGGGCGCGGUGGCGGCCGUGCGCGGGCUCGAGCCGCUGUGCACGGGGGAGGUGGAGCGGGCGUACUAUGAGCUCCUCCUGGGCAUGGCGGAGGCGCUCCUCGACUCGCCGUUGGCAGCAUGGCAGUCUAUAUCCCGGCACUACUCGUGGUGGAUGCAGCUGCCCCACGACAAGUUCCAGCAGAUCGUCGACCCGACCAGCACCGUCUUCGCGCUGCUCGGCGCGCACUGGAUCGCCAUCAAGCAGACCAUGGCCACCGUCACGUCCGCGGAGCACAAGUGCCGGGACCAGUCGCCCUCCGUGCCGGCGCGCAUGUCGAGCCGCCAGGUGGCGGAGAGCAUGGGCCGCAAGGGGAGCCAGGGCCAGGCCCAGGGGCAGAGGCAGCAGCAGCAGCAGUCGAAAGAGUGCCUCGUCGACCUCGGCAUGUGCCGCUGGCUCAAGUACCUCAACGCCAGCAUCGGGCCCGAGUGGCAGGUCUACAACGCGUGGCCGAUGUGGGUGGAGGCGCGGCUGGACGAGAACCCGAGGUAUUUCGGGCUGAAGGGGGACGAGGAAGAUGCGGACUGGUAA